AUGGUAAACGUUAUUGCUGAUGUUCUAGAAGACAUGGUAAACGUUAUUGCUGAUGUUCUAGAAGACAUGGUAAACGUUAUUGCUGAUGUUCUAGAAGACAUGGUAAAUAAUAAUACUGAUGCUCUUGAAGUCACCAGGGUGUUCCUGGCACUGUUCGGCGUGGUUCUCCUCCUAUCCUUCAGUCAGGCACAAAGUAAUUACGGCGGUGGACACGGAGGAGGAGGAGGAGGAGGAGGAGGAGGAGGAGGACACGGUGGAGGGUUCGGAGGUGGACACGGAGGAGGAGGAGGAGGAGGACACGGAGGAGGCUACGGAGUUAGUGGUGAAUCCAGCAAUAACUACAACCUUGGUGGUCCACAAGGUGGUGACGGGGGCGGCCACGGUGGAGAUGGCGGGGGCGGCUAUGGAGGACAAGGCGGUGGCGGCCACGGUGGGGGCGGCUUCGGAGGACAAGGCGGUGGCGGCCACGGUGGAGAUGGCGGGGGCGGCUAUGGAGGACAAGGCGGGGGCGGCCACGGUGGGGGCGGCUAUGGAAAAUAA